ACGUGCGUGGCAGCGGGAAUGGCCGGCGGCCGCCAUGAUGUGGAGCUUCUUCGCCCGGGACCCGGCGCGGGAUUUCCAGUACGAGACGGGCGAGAGGGCAGAAGAGGCGCCGCCGGGGGCCUGGGGGCUUCACCAGGGCAAGAAGAAGGGAACAGGUGAGCCCGUGUCUAUCUUCAUCUACGAGGUGAAGCCGAAUUCAGAGGAGCAGACGCAAGCGGCGAAAACAGCAUUGAAGCGUCUCAAAACACUCCGACACCCUAACGUUCUGUCCUUCAUUGACGGACUAGAGACUGAGAAAUGUCUAUACAUUGUGACGGAGCCCGUGGUGCCGCUCGCUGCCUAUCUGAAGCUGAAGUUGAGAAACGGUCAGCUGAACGAGCAGGAGGUGUCCUGGGGUCUACAUCAGAUUGUGAAAGCCCUGUGUUUCCUGGUGAACGACUGCAGCCUGAUCCACAGUAAUGUUUGCGUGGCUGCAGUUUUUGUGGACCGGGCGGGGGAGUGGAAGCUGGGAGGGCUGGAUUACAUGUACUCGGCUCAGGAGGACAUCCCCACCGCGGCUAAGGGUUUCCCAGAGCUCGACAGAUACGAUCCGCCCGAAAGGAAUGACUUGACCAGAGGCCGUAACUCGGGAGAGAAAUGGUCGGCUGACAUGUGGCGACUGGGCUGCCUGAUCUGGGAGGUGUUUAACGGGUCCCUUCCCAGAUCCGCCUCCCUCCGAUCCCUCGGGAAGAUCCCCAAAGCCCUGGUCCCGCAUUACUGCGAGCUGGUGGGUGCCAAUCCCAAAAUCAGGCCCAACCCGGCUCGUUUCCUCCUGAACUGCCGGGGGCCGAAAGGGUUCAUGAACAACGGCUUCGUGGAAACCAACCUUUUUCUGGAGGAGAUUCAGAUCAAGGAGCCGUCGGAACGCCAGAAGUUCUUCCAGGAGCUGAGCUCCCACCUGGACACAUUCCCCGAGGACUUUUGCCGGCACAAGAUCUUACCGCAGCUGUUAACCGCCUUCGAGUUCGGCAGCGCCGGUGCUGUAAUCCUCACGCCACUGUUCAAGGUGGGGAAGUUCCUGAGCGCCGAGGAAUACCAGCAGAAGAUAAUUCCCGUCGUGGUGAAGAUGUUUUCCUCCACGGACAGAGCGAUGAGGAUUCGCCUCCUACAACAGAUGGAGCACUUCAUCCAGUACUUGAACGAGUCUACCGUCAACAACCAGAUCUUCCCUCACGUGGUGCACGGCUUCACAGACACCAACCCGGCCAUCAGGGAGCAAACCGUCAAGUCGAUGCUGUUACUGGCUCCUAAACUGAACGACGCCAACCUGAACGUGGAACUGAUGAAACAUUUUGCCCGGCUACAAACAAAAGAUGACCAGGGCCCCAUUCGCUGCAACACCACUGUCUGCCUGGGGAAGAUCUCCUCUUACCUCAAUGUCAACACGCGGCAGCGGGUGCUGAUCUCGGCCUUCGCCCGAGCCACCAAGGACCCCUUUGCCCCGUCCCGAGCGGCUGGCGUGAUGGGCUUCGCGGCCACCCACAACUAUUACUCCGUCGCCGACUGCGCGCACAAGGUGCUGGUGGUGCUGAGCGCUCUCACCGUGGAUCCCGACAGCAACGUCCGUGAGCAGGCUUUUAAAGCGAUCCGCAGUUUCCUGGUGAAACUGGAGCUGGUGUCAGAAGAUCCGACAAAGAUGGCGGACGUGGAGAAGGAUGUGAACUCCGCCUCCUCGGGGCCCGGGGCCCUGGCUGGGGGGUGGGCCGGCUGGGCUGUCACGGGGGUCUCCUCGUUCACGUCAAAGUUCAUCCGCGCGAACCCAGCGGGCGGAACGGGGGGGUCUCUGCCCGACAGCCAAACCCCGACGGCAGUAACUCAGACGGCAGACAUCCCCACAACACCCGCGGAAGCAGGCGACGAGAGGAACUCCUCACCUUCUCCGGCCAAACCACCUCCAACGGCUCCUGUUCCUACUUCGGAGCGGCCUUCCAGCGGGGAUCAGGCAGCGGAGGAUGAGGGGAAGGAGAAAGACCCGGAUAAUUGGGAUGAUGAGGACUGGGGAAGCCUGGAAGAACCUGAUCAGACCAAGGGGACGAUGGAGAGGGAAGACUGGGGCUCCGAAUGGCCAUCGGCCGCGCCCGGCAAAAGGAAAAACACCGACAGACUGAAUGUCGGAGGUGCCUCUGUUGCAGACUUCAGCAGCUCGGGCUGGGAGGUAGAGGACAACUGGGCCGAGGAAAGGGGCACGAGCCCGGGGCAGAACGUGGGCGGCGAAGAGAGCUGGGGGAACGACUGGGGCGAAACCCAGACUCGCGCUUGCAGCCAGAGCAAAGCCGUGAGCGCCAAAGCCAAAGCCGGAGCGAAACAGGAGGAGCGUCCGUCCAGCGAGUACAACUGGGACCGGGGCGCCUCCAGCGGGAGGCAAGGAGAUUUCUUCACCACCUUUGCACAGACCCCGACCGAGCAGCAGAGGAGAGAGGGGACUGGGACGGGGACCGCAGAAGCUGCCGGGGACUGGGAAACCGAGGACAACUGGGAGUCCGUGGAGGCAAAUGCAGGGGUGAGCAAGCCCGAGCUGGCCAGGAAGAAACGGGAAGAGCGCAAGAAGGAAAUGGAAGCCAAGAGAGCAGAGCGAAAAGCAGCCAAGGGCCCUCUCAAACUCGGAGCCCGGAAACUCGAUUAGAUCCUCCACGCGUUAUUUUAUUUUUAAAACAAGAAAAGAGAAAUAUAUAUAUAUAUACGUACACAAAUCAGCCUCAAUCCUGACGGAUGUGGGAACAGAUCAAUGUCGCGGUUUCUUCUUCACGGCUCAAGUCGAUCGCCCGGCCCUCGGUGAGAUGUCCUGAGGCAGAAGCCUCUGUGCCCUCUUGAACCUCUACGAUCCUUGCGUUCGAUCCAGCGCCUCGUCACGUCGUCGAGACGUCUCGGAGCACUUCACAGGACGCCCAGUGUUUUGAAGACGAAAUCUUGGAUCGAUGCCGAGCCGCACGGAACUUUCUAAUCGUUGGGGGGGGGGCAGUGGAUUUGACGGAUAGGCGGACAUUUUAGCUGAUUUUCUUCCCGAAAAGGCGCUCUUUGAUUCCAGUUUCCCGAGAGGGGUGGCGGGGGGUGGGGGAGAAAAAGAGCAACUGAGCAGCUAAACCAAGACUGAUUUGCAACGUCCUGUAGCUGGAAUUUUGGGAGCAAAGGAGACUUAGGGAUGUAUCCAAUCCUGACUGAUUGCAGGAGUCGGGAUUCACGUAGAUGAUAUGAUUAUUAUUAUUAUGAUAAUUAUUAUAAGAUUUGACUCGGUAAGAAAUGAGCAAGUCGCUGAGUCUAAAGAGGAUAUCGACGGUGUAUUGUGAAGUAAAGCGCCUCUUGUUUUUUUUUUU